AUGGGAAACAUGGAGUUCCUGCUGGAGCUGAUGGUGCUUCUGGUUCUGAUGACCACAGCUGCUUCUGGACUGAGAGCAGACGACUUCAGUGGAGCCGUGGUGUAUUUAAAGAAGUACGGCUACCUGAACGCCCCGCCGCCCAGUGAAGGAAGGCGCCCUCCGCCUCAGGAGAUGAAGGCCGCCCUGAGAGUGUUUCAGAAAGCCACUCAGCUGCAGGUUUCAGGCAGAGUGGACGCAGCGACGCUGAGGAUGAUGAGGAAACCUCGCUGUGGAGAGGAAGAUUCCUUCAGGUUCCACAGAUACAGAGUCCUGGGACACUGGCGUAAGAAGAUGCUGACGUACCGGAUCUUAAACUUCACCCCGCACCUCGGGCAGGGGAAGACUCGGCAGGCGAUCAGCGCUGCGUUCAGGUACUGGAGCGACGUCUCCCCGCUGAAGUUCAGAGAGACGCAGACAGGAAGGGCCGACAUCAAGAUCUCCUUCCACCGGAAAGACAAGAGCUGCCCCGUGCCCUUCGAUGGGAGAGGUCAAGUCCUGGCCCACGCCGACGCCCCCGAGUCGGGCAUGGUUCACUUCGACAGCGACGAGGUUUGGACGGAGGGCAAGAGCUCGGGGUCCAACCUGAGGAUCGUGGCUGCCCAUGAGGUCGGCCACGCUCUGGGUCUGGGUCACUCGCAGCACUACAGCGCUGUGAUGGGCCCGGUCUACAGCGGGUACCGGGCCCACUUCAAACUGCACCCCGACGACAUCCAGGGCAUCCAGGCUCUGUACGGGAAGCCGGAGAAGCCCCCUCCCAAAAAGAGUCCUUCGGCUCCAGGAGUCGCUCCGGACCCCUGUGGUUCUCCUGUGGAUGCUGUGAUGUUGGGCCCCCAGCAGAAGACCUUUGUGUUCAAGGGGGGGUUCGUGUGGACGGUCUCCAGAUCCGGCCUCGACCCCCCCCGCCUGACCUCUGACCUCUGGAGAGAGCUGCCGGGGGGGCUGAGUGCCGCCGUGACCUCACAGAGGAGCGGGAAGACAUACUUCCUCAAAGAGAAUAGAGUCUGGAGGUACUCGGGCUUCAAACUGGACCACGGCUUCCCCAGAAAGCUGUCCAACAUCCCGGCGAACAUCGACGCUGCCUUCUACCUCAGCAAGAGCAAGAAACUCAUCUUCAUCAAAGGCUCAGGAUACUGGCAGUGGGAUGAAACCAGCACCUCCGGCUUCUCCUCGUACCCCCGGCCGUUGUCCCAUCUGUUCCCCGGCGCUCCCGGCGCUCCCGACGCCGCCCUCGCCUCCUCCGACGGGAACAUCCUUCUAUUCAAAGGCUCGCAGGUCUGGAGCGUGAAGCUGCAGAAACGCGUGGAGAAACCUCGAAGCCUCGCAGCCGAUUGGCUGAAGUGUGACGACUGAAACACACCUCAUCACACACAGAGAGAGAUUUAUUAUAGAGAGGCGAAGUCACG